GUUCGUUUUUCUGAAAAUCGCAAUGUCGGUGUGUUUCGUAUUUUUCUUUCGGUUGUUCUUUUUCAAUGUGAAUUAACGGGUGUUUAAUUAUUAUGUAGAGUGUUUUUCAAUUCGCGGUGAUCGUACAAGUGACUAUUAAAACAAUCGAAAUGUUUGUUCUUUGUAAAUAGUAACGUAUAAGUUUCGAAAGUUCCAUACAUCAAUCCCGAUGUUGAACGCAAAUAAUUUCGAAUAUUGUUAUUACAUCACAAAUAGAAACGUUUUGAGCGGAAGUAUCUGUUGGAUUUUUAAGAAAGCUUCAAAAGAUUUUGAAGCUUUCGAAGCCGCAUUCAUGGAACUAUGAACCUAGAUUCAUUGUCAAUUGCUUUAUCACAAAUAAGUUACCUUGUUGCAACUUUGUCAAAGCGUAAUUAUAACACUUGUGUUCAAGAACUCUCUGAAAUAAUAUCAUGUCACGGCUUAGAAGCUGAUCGUCAUCUAUUGCGUUGUUUAUUUUCGGAAAUCGAUUUUAACUCUGAUGCCAUCAGAACGCCUAAUAGUAAAGAUUUUCAACAGAUUCAGUUACUAACGCAAGAGUGUUCGGUUCUAUUGGGUAAGCCGGCGCUGGUCUCAGUGCUAGGUUUUGCUAUCGAUAGAGCACUGCAACAGGAAAAUUUUGUAAAGAAUCCGAGUCAGUUGUUAACUGUGUUCAGUAAGAUCGUCAAACUCACACCAGUUCAAGAGGUAGUGUUCGGUUUAGCCUUGCUACAUUCUUCGAACCAAGAAAUAGCUGAUUCUGCUUUACAAUUUGUCAAGCAAAAAUUACCGUUAUUAAUUAACAGUUACAUUGGCGAAGAUAAAUCCAGCAAACUACAAGAAGGUGGAUUGCACGACGCUACUCCUCAAGUUCUUCACUUCAUUUUAACUUAUUUAUUCAGUGCCAAAGAUUUAUUCGGUCUGAAUUCAGAAUCGAAGGAUCUUUUCCUGAGUAGCUUACGUCGUGAUUUUCCACGCGAACUCGUACCCGUUGUGUUAUCUCCGCUGAUAUAUCCUAGCUUGGAUUUCGAUCUGGAAAUAGACAAAAUGACUCAAGAAUCUACAGCCAUGUCUAAUAACAUGAUUGACGACUCCAUAUCCAACCUUAUUAUGGAGAUGGGCUACAACUUUUGCAACACGUUGGAGGAAGGUCGUCAGAACAUGAAUAGCUUACAUCUUAGAGACUUGAGCCCUACGGUAGUGGCACGUAUAAUCGUUAUGAUGGUUAGAACUCACAGUGGACUCGAUGAUUUAGCUCUAUGGACUUCCGGAGGUACUAAACGAGAUUCGGAAUCAUCGAGUGAAAAUCAACCGCCUACUACGUGGAAUCUCGACGUGUUUACGCAGCUUUUGCAAGAAUUCAGUCCGAAUUUAUCGUGGAUGGACGUAACACGCGAAAUAGAUUGUAACGAAUUACACGUGAAAGACAGAUUAGGUCUUGGUUUGUUGAUUACUACGCUUAAAUUGGGAUUACAAACGCAAGGAUGCCCGCCAGACAGAUUCCCAGUCGAUGUAUUCUACAGGCAUUGGAAACAUCCCGAAUCGCAAUUCACGUUGAUAAAUCAAAUACUGAAAAACUCGGAUAUAUUUUGUUUCGCCGAUUACAAUUUCCAUCCGGUCGAUACGAAUAUGUUGAAAACACCGCCGGAAAACGAUAACAAAGAUGUCGCAUCGUGGCGUUCUCUCGAUUUGAUUGAUUUACUGAUGCAUCUAGCCGAUCGCGGUCUAGUCAGCCAAGUCCAAGAAUUACUCAAAUUCCCCAUACAACACUGUCCGGAUAUUUUGAUCGUAGCUUUGCUUCAGAUCAAUCAACCGAUGACGUUAUUCAGGCAAGAAUUACUAUCCAGUCUAAUACCUAUAUUUUUAGCCAACCAUGCCAAUUCCACCGUUAUCCUGCAUCAAGUCUGGCAUACUCAAAACAUAACCAUUAAACAGCUUUUAAUCCAGUGCAUGGCUGACUGGUACCUGAGAGGAGAAAAUGACCAGUCGAGAUUAUCCAGGAUACUAGACAUUGCUCACGAUCUUAAGGUAUCGACUCAGUCGACUGCGUUAUCAUCUUUACUCAACUCGCAAUCGUUACAAUUCGCCAUCGAUUUAGCCUGUUUAGCCUCCAGACGAGAAUACCUAAAACUAGAAAAAUGGCUUUCGGAUAAAAUACGAGAUCAAGGCGAAAUGUUUGUUUCAGCUCUUAUCAAAUUUCUGCAGCGACGUUGCAGUCAAUUGGUCAGCGGUGGAACAUUUGGUAAAGAUGAAUCGCAUCCGAAAUCCGUUCAGUUACCACAAGAGACGAUUGCGACUAUGCUAACUUGUUUGCAAUCUUGCGUAGGAAACGUAGCACCAGAAGUAGGCGAAGGUAUAUUAACUCUGAUAUCAAACUGUAACUUACUGAUGAACAAAUCGCGACCAGCUCCGCCAGGAGUUCUGCGCACCCAUCGCAACAUCGAUCCGCCACCAUUUAAUCCUAACCCAGCCGCGACUAUUUUCUCAACCGCUCCGACGAUUACGGCGCCCACCGCUGUAGAUCAUUUGGCCAAUCUAGGCACCAGUUUGGCCAACUUGAAUCUGACAGCUGCGCCUCAACAGACUAGUAACUCUUUCAACUUACCAGCUACCUUAGGUCCUUUGGUAUCGACUCCAGGAUCUCCGUCCAGACUGAUAAAUUUAACGCAGAAUUCGCCUUUUCCAUUGCUAUCGCAAAUUAGCAACGCUGCCGCCGCCGGCGCUGCUGGCGGAGUUGGCGCUGCCAGUUCGCAAGUUAGUCAUGGAACGUCAUCGACGCUGCUACCGGCUAAUAAUAUUGUACCGUUGAGUCGUAUGGUACCGCAGGCUAAUGCAAUUGAUAAGAAUAGAUUAGGAGGUGAAACUAAUACCACCGGAUCGAAUCCCGGUGAUAUUAAUUACCCUACGCCGUCCAAAGAAAUCGAAGACGAAGCUAAUAGCUAUUUUCAACGUAUUUACAAUCAUCCGCCUCAUCCGACCUUGUCCAUAGACGAAAUAAUCGACUUGUUGAAAAAAUUCCAAGAAUCGCCCAAUAAAAGAGAAAUUGAGGUUUACAACUGCAUGAUACGUAAUCUAUUCGAAGAGUACAAGUUCUUCCCGCAGUAUCCAGAUAAGGAGUUACAUAUUACCGCACAACUGUUUGGAGGAAUUUUGUCUCAUGGACUUGUACCACAACCAUCGCUUUAUGGAAUCGGCAUCAGGUAUAUCGUGGACGCGCUGCGUAAAUCCACCAACAGUAAAAUGUUCUCGUUCGGUAUCGCCGCUCUGGACCAAUUUAAAUUCCGACUGAAAGAGCUUCCUAAAUUGUGCGAAUACGUCAUGGCUUUGCCACACUUCAGUGAUUUUCCACCUCAUUUAGUCGAACUAAUCGAGUACGGAGUGCAAGGUAUCGAUCCGCCGGCUAAAAGCCAAGCAGCCAUUUCGAGUAACGUGGUAGCUGCGGCUGUAGCAGCAGCCAAUUCGGCAUCUUCGGCUGCUCCUUUUAAAUCCAUCACGAUGACUAGCGCAGGAUCAGUAGCGGCGGCCGCUGCUGCGGUUACUAAUGUUUCGCCAGUUGCCAAGAUUGGAACGCCGACUAGGCCAUCUAUUGCGAACGCUACGAAUAUCGAUACGCUGUUGGCAUCUACGGAGAAAGACGAAAGGAUGACUGUGCCACCGGAAAGUCUACAGGAUAAGAUUGCUUUCACGUUUAAUAAUCUGAGCCAGAUGAAUUUAACCGUCAAGUGCGAAGAACUACGAGACCUGAUACGAGAAGAACAUUACCGAUGGUUGGCCCAGUAUUUAGUCAUGAAGAGGGCAACGAUAGAACAAAAUUUCCACGGAUUGUAUUCGAAUUUUUUGGACUGCUUCAAAAUCAAAGAAUUGCAUAAGCUGAUCUUGACCGAGACUUAUCGUAAUAUUAGAGUGCUGUUACGUAGCGACAAAUCAAUAGCAAAUUUUUCGGAUCGAACGUUGCUGAAAAAUUUAGGCCAUUGGUUGGGUAUGAUGACGUUAGGCAAGAAUAAACCGGUCCUAAUGGACGAUCUGGAUAUCAAGAUGUUAUUGCUGGAAGCCCAUUCCAAAGGACAACACGAAAUGCUGUACGUUGUACCGUUCGUCGCCAAGAUUUUGGAAUCGUGUGCCAAGAGCAGAGUUUUCAAACUUCCGAAUCCUUGGACGACGUCUGUGAUGUGUAUAUUAGCUGAAAUUCAUCAAGAACCCGAUUUAAAGUUAAAUUUGAAGUUCGAGAUCGAAGUUUUGUGUAAAAACUUGCAAAUUGAGUUGAAGAGUUUACGACCAACCAAGUACCUUAGAGAUAGUGAUAUGCUGAAAUACAUGGAACAUCAGCUAUCGUCGAAUUUGAAUAAAAAAGCAGUCGGGCAACCGCAACAAAUGCAGCAGCAGCAGACGUCGGUGCAUUCGUCGUCACCGCUACCGAUGCCACCGGCUCCUACGUCGCAGCCGCCUCCUUCUUCGGCUCCGAUUACCAAUGUUUCAGCGGCUGUAUUUACAAGCAUGGUAUCUACUCCUUCGGUAUCGAUACCGUCAUUUACAUCGAACGCUAUCUCAUCAGUCACCGGUGAAGAAGGUGGCUCUGUUGUGCCUCAACUAGGCAACGUUGGCAUUCCUCCGUUGGCCAGUUCGACUCCUACGCCGCCCAUGAUGCCACCUCCGGUGAUCACUCCGGAGCCUAAGUUUAAUCUGGUCACCUUUAACGUUGCCAAUAUACCAGCUUUGGGAAAUCUACUUCAAGUGAAUAGUCAAUUACCUUUAUUCCAAGCUCAUCCGCAGCUCAAACAAUGCAUCAAGCCGGCUUUCGAACGAGCUAUUCAAGAAUGGCUCGGACCUAUCGUCGAACGCUCGGUGAAAAUCGCUGUUAACACUUCGGAGCAAAUUGUUAAGAAGGAUUUUGCCUUGGAUCCAGACGAAUCGAGAGUUAGAGCAGCAGCUCAUUACAUGGUGAGGAAUCUAGCCGCCGGUAUGGCGAUGAUCACGUGUCGCGAGCAGAUUAUAAAUUCAUUUACGCAGAAUUUGAAGAAUACCUUUUUGGGUGUUAUAAUGAAUGCUACCGCACAACAAAAAGAAAUGAUCGAACAAGCUGUCACCGCUUGUGUUACCGAUAAUAUGGAUUUAGCUUGCGCUUUCGUUCAAAAAACCACCGUCGACAAAGCCGUGGUUGAAAUCGAUAGACAUUUAUUCUCAGAAUACGAAAGACGUAAGAACGCUCGUAACGAGGGACGUCGAUAUUGCGACUCGGGCGUACUCACGUAUCAGGCCGAACGAAUGCCGGAACAAGUUCGCCUCAAGGUAGGAGGAGUUACCCCUCAACAAAUGGCUGUGUACGAAGAAUUCGCCCGAAAUAUACCCGGAUUCCAACCGAUGACCGAUAAAGAAGCAGCCAUGUGUACGCCUAAAUCGCAAUUCGGAGGAGCAGCCGAUGAAAUGGGCGUCGUUUACGAUAAGAUUACCAGCGAUUUGGAAAUCUAUUUGCAAGGUAUGAUGAAUCAGAACGUGAUGGGAGCUUCUCUUUCGAAUUGCCAAAUGAAUAUCAACAUCACCUCGUUAAUCGACUCAUUAUCGAUACACCGACGCACUAGAGAUCCGUCGACCGCCGCAGCCGUCAUUCAGAAGGCUGUGGAAGGAUUACUCGAUUGUAUGAACCAAGACGAUCCGGAUAUAUCGAUACGUUAUCGCGACUUUUACCUGAGAAUAUUGAAGGUAUUCCAAGAUCCCAGAUCUAUGGGUACCCAAUGGACGAACAAACAGGUUACGAAAGCAUUAAUCGAAUGCAGAGAAGAAUACAGAUACAAUACCGAAGUAGUAGAUUUGCUAAUACGAUCGCAUCUAAUUAAUUUACCAAUGUUCGACGCGCAUUUGGCUCAUUCCAUGGAGAACGGCAUGAACUACGUUGCGGUCGGAUUCGCCAUGCAGAUUGUUCAACAUUACCUAGUCGAGGAACGAACUCAAACCUUGGUUAGCGAGCAAGAUCUGGGAUGCUGUAUCGAGACAUUAUCUAGAAUCGCUCAUUCGCGUAAUGCACCCGAUGGGUUGGUUACGUUGAUCGAUAUCUUGCGCAUGAGUCACGACGGUAAUAACUUGACGAUGGAAAGAACGACUUCCGGACCUACCUCGUACAUUCAUUCUGGUAUUUUACAAGUCAAGACGAGAGAAUGCGAAGAUCCGCCGGGUCUGUUCGAGAAAACCGAAUACCUGUUACGCGAAUGGGUGAACAUUUAUCAAACGACCGCGUCGAGCAAAGAUCCGGGCAAAGCUUUCAGCUUAUUCGUGCAUCAGAUGAACGUGCACGGUAUUUUGAAGACCGACGAUCUCAUUACCAGAUUCUUCCGACUUAGUACCCAAAUGGUAGUCGAAUUGUGCUACCGAUUGUUACCCGAUCCGGCCACCUUCAGUAAUAACCGUAUGAAAGUGUUUCAAACGUUGGACGCGUACGUUAAGCUGAUAGCUUUACUUGUGAAACAUUCGGGCGAUACGCAAAACGUUACCACCAAGUUGAAUUUGCUCAAUAAAGUCUUAGGUAUCGUAGCCGGAGUCCUGCUACAAGACCACGACAACCACCAAACGGAUUUCCACCAGUUACCCUACCACCGUAUCUUCUCGAUGCUGUUCCUGGAGCUGAACUCGUCCGACCAAGUGCUGGAAAACAUCAACUUCCACAUCCUGCAAGCGUUCUCGCACACGCUGCACAUUCUGCGUCCCUGCAAAUGCCCCGGCUUCUGUUUCGCUUGGCUGGAGAUCAUCUCGCAUCGUGUAUUCUUGGGUCGCAUGCUGGCGCUGACUUCGCACCAGAAAGGCUGGAGUAUGUACGCGCAGCUAUUAGUAGACCUGUUCAAAUUCCUGGCGCCUUUUCUGCGUAACACGAAUCUGACGAAAGCUGUGACCGCCAUGUACAAAGGCACGCUGAAAGUGCUGCUAGUGCUGCUGCACGACUUCCCGGAGUUCUUAUGCGACUACCAUUACGGUUUCUGCGACGUGAUACCUCCGAAUUGUAUACAAAUGCGGAAUCUCAUAUUGGCGGCGUUCCCGCGUAAUAUGCGGUUACCGGAUCCGUUUACGCCGAAUUUGAAGGUAGACAUGUUGGCGGAGAUAUCGCAAGCUCCGCGAAUCCUGCCCACGUACGCGGCUCUCAUUCAGCCCGCCUCGUUCCGUAAAGACCUCGAUAACUAUCUGAAAGCCAGAGCUCCGGUCACCUUUUUAUCCGAAUUGCGAACCAAUCUGCAGCAGUCGCCGUCGACUCCCAGUAACGAACCGAACGCCGCCAAGUACAAUAUACCGUUGUUGAAUGCUCUGGUGCUCUACGUAGGAGCUCAAGCCAUCAACCACAUACGUAAUAAAGGACAAUCGCCCAAUAUGUCGACGAUCGCGCACUCCGCCCAUAUGGAUAUCUUCCAAAAUCUGUCCGUCGACUUGGAUACCGAAGGAAGGUAUCUGUUCUUGAACGCGAUCGCGAACCAGUUACGGUAUCCGAACAGCCAUACGCAUUAUUUCAGCUGCACGUUGCUGUAUUUAUUCGCCGAAGCGAAUUCCGAAUGUAUACAAGAGCAGAUCACCAGAGUGCUGCUGGAACGCAUCGUCGUCAACAGACCGCAUCCGUGGGGAUUGCUGAUCACCUUUAUCGAGCUAAUCAAGAAUCCGAUAUAUCGGUUCUGGUCGCACGAGUUCGUCCAUUGCGCUGCGGAAAUUGAAAAAUUAUUCGAAUCGGUGGCUAGAUCAUGUAUGGUGCCUCCUCAUCUAGUUCACGGAUCAGCGCCUUCGGACAGCGACUAAUCCACAGUCAGUCAAGUUUUUUUUAGCGCGGUACGUAUUUGAAAAACACAAAAAACCCAAACCACCGGAUUAAACAACUCAGAAUGACAACAAUAAUAAUAAUAUCAGAAGCAAAAAAUAACAGAAUACCAUCGUGUGGUAAUACCUACGUGUAAAUAGUACCUAAGUAAAUACUUGUGAUUUUUUUUUUUUUUGCAUUUUUAUACUGGAAUUUUUUUUCUUCUACGUUUUUAAAAAAACAUGAAAAAUAAUAAAAUAAAAGUGAAACGAUUUGAUUUAUAUGUAAAAAGAUUUUUCGCCGCAUGUUAAACUGUAUCGUUGUUGUUUCUAUCGUAUAUAUUAUGGUAUCGGAGUGGUGUACUUUUUUCUUUUAAGAUGUGUUUUUUUUCUCGGAUGUAUUUUGUUAUAAAUGAUUGAUUCGUGUACCUUUACCUACCUACGUAAUUUAUAUUAUGAUACCUACCUAUCAAUACCUUUACCUACGCUGAUGUGAAGAACAAUUGUGAAGUAUAUUUUAAAUUUAAUCGUGAAUUACCUACGCAAAAAUAUAAUAAAUUUUAUUACAUUAUUUUUUUAAAUAAAUAAAAAAAAAAACAUUGUACAUAGUUAGGCGUUUAAGUAAAGUUUGUUUUAUAUUUUUUUUCUCCAUUUUGCAUCAUCGAUGUAUUGUAUUGUAAUUUUUUUCUUUUUUCGUCGUAUGUUGUAUAUUUUUUUCUCCUUUCGUAUGUAAUUUUAAGAUAAAUAACUGAAAAUGGGAUUUUGUAAUUAGUAUUUAUAUUUAUAAGAUGGAUUUAUUGGCUGAUUAAAUGCUUAUUAAUAUCA